AUGUACAACAAAAACUUUCAAAUGUAAGUAAAUAAAAUCAGAAAAAAUAUAUAUAUAAAAAGAAAAUUACAUAAUGGUGUCGACACCAUCGCUCUGAUUCUCUGAAUCUCUACUCAACAUCCCCUGUUUCAUCCCUCUCCUCUGCCUUCUCUCUCUAAAAAUGUCAACAUUCCCUCUCUCUCUCUCUACAUCCUCGCAUCUCGACGUCAUCUCUAUAAAUACCUUUAUUCCUCCGCUUUUCAACGGACACCAUCGCCGCAUUCCGUGCGCCUGCGACUCGCCAGGACUCUGGUUUGAAUCAAUGCGUUAAAAACCUAAUUGAGCGCGAAUCUUUUUAGGUUUGAGGGUUUUCUGCGGAAUUUAAUUGGUGAGCUCCAAAUUCGAGGGGAAUUGUGUGAAAAAGAGGUUUUUUCACCAGCUGCACAUGUCGUUUCUUGAGGAUUUGUUGCCGGUUGUGUGGGGAGGGGAAUUUGGGGAGAGGAUUCGAGUUUAUUCUGGCUCAUUUGUGCAGAAAAUAUCCCAUUCCAUGUCGAACACUGAGUGUGAUGCCCAUCUUGAAGAAGAUGAAGGAUGCCUAGACUACUCGUAUGCUCUCAUCCUUAAGCUCGUUGCAAUCGCUGCAAUCCUCGUUAUGGGAGUUGGUGGUGUGGCCAUUCCGUUAGUUGGAAAGAAGCGCCGGUUUUUGCGCACCGAUUCCAACUUGUUCGUUGCUGCCAAAGCCUUUGCUGCCGGCGUCAUCCUCGCCACGGGAUUCGUCCACAUGUUGCCGGAUGCCACCAGGGCCUUAACCAACGCUUGCCUACCCAAAUACCCGUGGUUGAAGUUCCCCUUCUCGGGAUUCAUUGCAAUGAUGGCUGCAUUGGGGACAUUGCUAGCCGAUUUCGUCGGGACGCAGUACUACGAGAGGAAGCAGAGGAAACAGGAGGAAGAGAGCCAAAUCGCCAAGGCUGAUUCGUCGGAGACCGGAUCCGAAUCAGGGAUAGUUCCGGUCGAGACGAGGGGGGGUGCCACGAAGGUGUUUGGAGCAGAGGAAGGAGGUGCCAUGCACAUUGUUGGGAUGCACGCGCAUGCGGCACAUCACAGACACAGCCAUUCUCAAGAGCAAGGGUCGUGCCAAGGGCAUCGAGCCGAGGAUCAACACGGUCACUCGCACUCGCAUUCGCUCGGCUUCCAGGGCGGGGACGACGACGAGGAUAAUACCGCUCGCCACAUUGUUGUUUCACAGGUUCUUGAACUCGGCAUAGUUUCCCACUCGGUGAUCAUAGGGCUAGCGCUCGGAGUUUCACAGAGUCCGUGCAAGAUUAGGCCGUUGAUGGGAGCGCUAUCGUUCCACCAGUUCUUCGAAGGCUUUGCUCUCGGAGGCUGCAUCUCUCAGGCGAGGCUGAGGAGCCUCCAGUCGACCCUCAUGGCGUGCUUUUUCGCCAUAACCACCCCAAUCGGGAUAGGCAUUGGGAUCGGCAUAUCUUCCUUCUACAAUGCUAGUAGCCCGAGAUCUCUGGUGGUCGAGGGCAUCCUCGACUCCAUCUCCGCCGGGAUCCUCGUGUACAUGGCGCUCGUCGAUCUCAUCGCCGCCGAUUUCUUGAGCAAGCGGAUGAGCUGCAACGCUAGGCUGCAGUUUGUUUCCUACUUCCUCUUGUUCUUGGGGGCUUCCUUGAUGUCUUUGUUAGCACUAUGGGCUUAGUUGAUCACAAUUCACAACAAUCUUUGCAACAAAAAUUCGAUAUGAUUUACAUCUUCCUUAUUCUUUUGCUUGUUAA